AAGAGCAAGCCGCCGUUCUAUCAGUCCGUGCACAACUCGUGUGGAGUUCGGUCAUAAUCCACUCCGGAGCGACUCGUUCGCAGCGUGCUUUCGUAAACGUAAAAUCCGGGCGCUUCACGUGACAAGUGCACACAAAUUGGGAUAUUUCCACCGGAGUUUUGACGCAAAGCUCAGCUUCUGGAAUCCAAUAAGUGAAGUGUCAGAUGCGAUGUGACAGACAGACGAAGAUGCGCUUGUGGUGCCAGUGAUGUCUGUGUGCAGCAGCCCCUAGAGCACAGCCCCGUUACCAUGGCGCAGCCGGAAACCCCCAGCCUGUCACUCCUGAUAUUGGCAUUUUUUCUCGGCAUUGCUGCCACUAAUCAAGAUGGCCCCUAUCUCGACAACAACUCCCCGACCAAGUCCACGGCGGACCACCACGACGAGUCUCUCCUCUUGAAUUCCGACUCUUUGCCCAUCUUCCUGGAGGAGCCUCAAGACUCUUACGUGGUCAAGAACCGGCCAGCGGUAUUGAAAUGUCGCGCCGCACACGCCCUUAAGCUCUAUUUCAAAUGCAACGGCGCAAAAAACGUAGAGACGUCCAAGUUCGAAUUCGUCGACCCCCAAAACGGUGUUAGGAUUAUGGAGGCCGAGACGAACGUCUCCAGGGACAUGGUGGAGGAGUUCUUCGGCAAAGACAAAUUCAAAUGCGAGUGCUACGCGUGGAGCGGAAGAGGCAGCAUCAAGAGCCAAUCGGCGACCAUUGACGUGGCUUACAUGAAGAAAACGUUCGAGGAAAACCCCAUGUCCACCAGAGUGGAGAUGGGCCACCAAACGGAACUCCGCUGCGUACCACCGGUGGGUGUUCCACCCCCGAGGAUCUACUGGCUUCAAGGCGCCCAGCCCUUGCAGCCAGACACCUCGGUUUUGGUCUCCACAGAAGGGCAUCUCCUCAUAGGCGAAGCCCGGGCACAAGACACUAACAAUUACACCUGCGUUGCAGAAAAUAUCGCUGCUAAGAGGAUGGCGCAACCGGCAGAAGUGAUAGUUUAUGUAAAUGGGGGCUGGUCGCCGUGGUCGCCCUGGACCGAGUGCCGGUGUCCUGGCGCCACCCUCUCCUCGGGGAAGAUGAGCACUCGCACCUGCACCCACCCUCCCCCAAGCAACGGCGGCCUUCCCUGCCAAGGCCUCAGCGUCCGCAAGACCAAGGAUUGCAUUACCUGCCCACAAGAAGAGCUGGUGUUGGAUAACGCUUACGACUACGAUAACAGCUACGUUGAGCCAGCAAGGUGGUCUCAAUGGUCGGAAUGGUCACAUUGCAAUUCCGAUUGCCUGAAGACUAGGCGAAGGCAAUGCAUUCCGGGAAAUGGGCAAGGGAGGAGGACUUGCAACGGGAAGGACACACAGACCACUUCCUGCACUUCGGAGCAGUGCAGGUCCAUGGAGCUGAGCAGAGUCCGAGAAGCAAACUUGGAGAACACCAAAAACGACAUCGCCAUCUACAUCGGCGUGACCGUCGCCGUUUUCUUCGUUUCCAUGCUGUCCUUCUUCCUCACCCGCAUGUACUGGAAGAAGAACCGCCACCAAAGCUUGUACAACAUGGCCUCUAAUGAUUACCAUCCGGAAUUCUUCCCGGAGCAAGAUAAGAAGUCAUUAAGUCUCCAGCCAGAUUUGACUCAGACCGUCCCGCCUUGUUACGAAUACCCUUACACGACCCCAGCGACAUCUGUGACCCGAUCAGUCUCCGAGCACCACUACGACGUGCCCCAUCUCACUUCCGGAAGCGAUAUUCAAAUGUCUCCGGCAACUAGCUCCACUCUGGAGUCAUCUAGCGGCAAGCGCAGUCAAUUGAGCGGCUUUACGAACAAUUCUGAUUCCACCUAUGAAGUGGCCACAGAAUCGGUCACUUUACCCCUCCCGACUGCCUAUGCCGUCACUCCAACGACUUCCGGUAACUACACCAGCGCCACGGUGACGCACAGCGGAGCUUUUCUGAACCUGCUCGAGUCCGGAGUGAGCUUAGUUGUGCCAGAGGGCGCCAUCUCACGCACCAAGAAGCAGGAAUUGUUCUUGUCGAUACUGAACGAAGACUGUUUCCGACCGAAACUUGCCGAGAACUUGACCCAACUCAGUCCUGUAGUCUCAUGUGGACCUAAUAUUUCCUUGAACAAGUCUGUGGUACUUAGAAUUCCGCAUUGUGCCGAGUUGAGUCGUAACAAUUGGUCCAUUUCUGUGCUACAAAGUGAUUGUAGCGACUCGCAGUGGCAGAACGCUGUUACUUUGGGCCAAGAAACCAUAAAUACGUCUGUUUUUUGUCAGUUAGACAAAGAUGCCGGUUAUUUGGUGACUGAUUGUUUGUCACGCUUUGUGAUAGUGGGACAGUCGACCAAUGGCAUGGCUUUGAAGAGACUCAAACUGGCGGUUUUCGCCCCCAAGUUGUGUUUCCAGAGUUCGGUCGAUUAUAGCAUCAGGGUUUACGUUUUAGAAGACACUGAUAGUUCCAUGGAGACUGUUUUCGGGCAAGAGAAACGCCUCGGAGGGUAUUUAUUAGACGAGCCUCGCUCGAUAGUGUUCCAAGACGGUGGUAACAACCUCUGUCUGACGUUAGACAGCUUGAGUGAAGGUUGGAAGACCAAACCGUGCUCAAACUACCAAGAAAUCCCCUUCAGACACCUGUGGCAGGCCAGUAGUAACAGUCUUCACUGUUCGUUCACUCUGGAAUCGUACGAAAUAUCCCGCUGUUUAAAUUUCAAAAUCCGGGUGAACCAGAAAGGCUUCGAGUACCACCAGACUUUCGACAUCACGUGUAGAGACGACAGUGAUGUCUCGGUCAGUAAGACGAGCUCUGGAAAAGUGGUGCCAAAAAUAGCGAUCCAGAGCGAGGCCAAGAAGGUGGUCGAUUUCGGGCAUUCCCCUAAAAGUGCCAAAUUCAAAGAGGAGGUGAAAAUGGCCAAGAAUCUGCUCGUGACUGACAGGGGUGUGUCCACAUGUGAUGACUUUAACUUUAGGCUAAGUAGACAGCUUAGGAAGCAGCUUUGUCAAUGUUUGGAUCCUCCGACGCCGAGAGGCAACGACUGGAGAAUGCUGGCACAUGCUUUAAGUGUUGAUAGAUAUAUUAACUUUUUCGCAACGAAACCGUCGCCCACUGACUGCAUCCUGGACCUCUGGGAGGCCCGGAAUAGACAAAGCAACGCCUUGACCGAGCUUAAACAGAUUUUUAGCGAUAUGGAACGAUUCGAUGCUGUGAACAUUUUAGAUAAUUGCUUGGGACCUAACUGGUUGUAAAUAUUCCACUGAUGCAUUUAACCACAAGACCAGACUUGCGUUUUAUUCUUUGCUUCGCGGUUGAUGAAUUUUUAGAUUUAUCGGAAAUUGAAAUUAUUUUAUAUUGAGUUGUUGAAUAUGUGAAUGUUGUCUUGGAGACAUAAAAUGGACCACGUUCCAAGAAUGAAAUUGUGCAAUUUGCGGUGUAGAUAUAUCUGCUAAAAUAGCCAAACGAAUAUUUUCAACAACUAAUAAUCAUAGACGUGAUAUUAAAACCGUUACUUUCACUGUACCCACUAUUUAACCACACUGCCAUCGUCACUGUACCAUAUAGAAUUCUUAAUUUUUGUUGGAAGUAUUCGUUCACUCGUUACGUAUAAGCACCAGAUAAUCGAAAUGUUAGUCUGUUGUCAUUAAAUUAAGUACGUAAAACUUGAAAAGCGGGCAUAAUUUGGACAGAAACGAAUAUAAUGUAGAGUUUUAUACAAAAGAAUCAAAAGUAGUUUUCUAGAUAUUUUAGGAUGUUUUGUACAAAGUAAACAUUCAUGUAACUAGAGGCAGGUCUACGUUGAUAUCUAGUACGUAUUUUAGAAUAUAUAAUGAUGUAUAUAGUCAAUAUAUGACAUUUUCUAAAAA